AGCACGGGCAUGAAGCUAUGGAAGAAGAGGUGGUUUGUGCUGUCUGAUAUGUGUCUGUACUACUACAGAGAUGAGAAAGAGGAGGGUAUACUCGGCAGCAUCCUCCUGCCUAGCUUCCGUAUAUCUAUGCUGUCUGUCGACGACCACAUCAACAGGAAAUAUGCCUUCAAGGCGACACAUCCCAACAUGCGGACCUACUACUUCUGCACAGACGCAGCCAAAGACAUGGAGUCUUGGAUGAAGGUGAUGACAGAUGCUGCCCUGGUGCACUCUGAGCCUAUCAGGAGGUCGCUCAAAGUGGAACAGUGCGGUCCUCAGGAUGUCAGUAACCAUGUUACCCAGAACCACAGACCGGUUCUAACCCGACCAGAGAUCCAGAACAACGAGCGGAACCGGACCGAGGUCGACAGCGAACAUCACACCGUCGCCGCCAUAACCACGGUAACCGCCGUCACUGCCGAGGAGGAGGAGGACAGGAAACAGCGUGACGCAGAGCGCUACGGGUUUCAGAAGGAAGGGGCGGAGAGGGACCGGCCGCUCACUAAGAUCAACAGCAUCAAACUAGAACCAGAUCAAGCUUCUGCUGUACCUGCUGACAUCACACCAGACGGGCCCUACAGAGCCCCACAGCUGAACGGUGCGGGAGACCAGAGCCCAGGGGAGAUGAUGACCAACCCCCAGCCCCAUCGGACCCCCUCUAUCCAGGGCAGCAUGACCCCCACCACCCCCCAGUACCCCCACGGGGAGCCUGAACCCAGGACCCUGACCAGGACCAACUCCAUGCAGCAGCUGGAACAGUGGGUCCGCACACAGAGAGUACGCAACCAGGAUGAUGACACACACAGUAUCAUGUCGUACCAGACACUGCCCAGGAACAUGCCCAGCCACCGAGCCCCUCCAGCCAUGCCCUACUACGGGGACCCGGGCUACCGUACCUUACCCAGGAACAGCAUGGCUCGGCCGGACAGUAUCUGCAGCAUGUCCCCCUCCAUGUAUGACCAGGCCAUGGGCCUGGGGCUGUCCUCUGCAGACAAGAGACGCUCCAUGAGGGAUGACACUAUGUGGCAGCUGUAUGAGUGGCAGCAGAGGCAGGCCUAUACACCCACACGGCCUAUGUCGUCCACUCCCAGACCGUACGGGACCCUGCCCAGCCCCAAGACCAUGAUCAACCUGUCUGAACACCAGGGUCACCAGGGUCACCACUCCAUCCCCCCCUCACCGUCCCAUGGGUCCCUGUCUAUGUACGGGGGCUACUCGCCCCUCCACUUCUCCUACAACCCCAGCUCCAGUAGGUCUGAGGUGGCCUUCCCUGUGUACCGGGGGGAUGUUACUAUAGACAGAAGACACAGGACUCCACAUCUCAACCAGUAUGCCUACCCGCCUGACAGGAGGUCUAUGCCAGCAGGGAUCCCUGUCCAGACCAUCACUGCCCAGUCUCUGCAAGGAAAAACGAUGAGCCCAGAGGACUACAGGGAACACGCCUACAUGUGCAGCCCGGAGGACGUUGACAUUGAUGCCAAGCUGAGCAGGUUGUGUGAACAGGACAAGGUAGUGAGGAUACGCGAGGACAAGCUCCAGCAGCUACACAGAGAGAAGCACACCCUGGAGACGGCCCUGCUGUCGGCCAGUCAGGAGAUAGAGAUGAGUGCUGAUAACCCAGCAGCCGUACACAGUGUUAUCCAGCAGAGAGACGUGCUGCAAAGUGGCCUGCUCAGCACCUGUAGAGAACUGUCACGAGUCAACACUGAGUUGGAGCGGUCGUGGAGGGAGUAUGAGAAGCUGGAGGGAGACGUCUCAUUGGCCAAGAACAACCUGCUGGAGCAGCUCGAGGUCCUGGGGAGCCCUCAGACCACCGUAGCAGAGGUGGAUGAAACCAACGGAGAGGACAG